GGGAUGGAUCUAUGCUAAUACCAUGGGCCUUGCAUUCUGUGAUUGGUCACAAUUAUUUUUGGCGAAAACUGAGUAAGGUGGCGCGGUGGCCUCAAGCGUUCUGUGCUGUCACGCUGCUCUCAGGAUGAGUCGCGGUGGGGGGAUCCUUUCCUGGAGAAAGGCGUCCCUGCUUUGCUCCUUGCUGCCCAAUGGCUCCCUCGCGAGGAAGCAGCGUCCCUCUGUUCUCGGAUCGGUUCUGUUCUUGGGAAUCAAGAGGCUUAUUUCCACAGCUAAGUCCAUACCUCGGAUAUGUAUUGUAGGCAGUGGACCUGCUGGAUUCUACACAGCACAACACCUCCUGAAGCACCACAAACUAGCUCAGGUGGAUAUAUAUGAGAAACUGCCAGUACCCUUCGGUCUGGUUCGUUUUGGAGUAGCCCCAGACCAUCCAGAAGUAAAGAAUGUGAUCAACACAUUUACGCAGACGGCACGAUCUGAUCGCUGUUCCUUUUACGGGAAUGUGACUGUAGGGAAGGAUUUAACUGUGGAGGAGCUGCAGAAAGCGUACCAUGCAGUGGUUUUGAGCUAUGGAGCCGAGGACAAUCGAACCCUUGGGAUUCCAGGGGAGGACCUUUCAGGAGUCUAUACCGCCAGAGCAUUUGUGGGAUGGUACAAUGGCCUGCCUGAGAACAGAGAUCUGAAACCAGACCUGAGCUGUGAAACUGCUGUGGUCCUAGGGCACGGGAAUGUGGCUCUGGACGUCGCCCGGAUUCUCUUAUCGCCUCUUGAAAUACUUCGGAAAACCGACAUCACAGAAGAGGCGCUGGCAGCCUUGGCCUGCAGCAAAGUCAAGCGGGUGUGCCUUAUAGGGAGGAGGGGUCCCCUCCAGGUGGCUUUCACCAUAAAGGAGCUGCGGGAGAUGAUCAACAUGCCUAGUGCUCGACCUCACCUAGAUCCUGCAGACUUCAGAGGCCUUGUUGAUGAUGUUAAAGAUGUUCCCAGGCCUAGGAAGCGGCUGACUGAGUUGAUGGCCAAAACGGCUUUAGAAGAGCCUGGGGAGGUGAUGGCUGGCCGUUGGGUUUUGGCAUCCCGAGAGUGGAGCCUGAAGUUUUUGCGCAGCCCGCUGGAAGUGUUGCCCGGUGCUGAUGGAAAGCGGGCCAGAGCGAUCCGAAUGGCUGUCACCAGGUUGGAAGGUUCAGGAGACACUGCUAAGGCAGUUCCCACGGGAGACAUUGAAGACCUGAUGAGUGGGUUGAUUCUCAGCAGCAUUGGAUACAAGAGCCUCCCAAUUGACCCAGUUGUACCCUUUGACCCCAAGCAAGGUGUUAUCCCUAACCAUUUGGGCAGAGUUCUUGGGGCACCAGGACUCUACUGCAGUGGCUGGGUAAAGAGGGGCCCCACAGGUGUAAUCAUCACCACUAUGAAUGAUAGCUUUGACACAGCCCAGUCUGUGCUGGAGGAUCUACAAUGUGGUGCAUUGGACGUUUCCGAUGGCAAGGAAGGAUUUAACUUGGUGAGGAGCAUCCUUCAGUCGAGAUGGGUCCACCCAGUUUCCUUUUCGGACUGGGAGAAGAUUGAUGCUGCUGAAGUGGCAAGAGGCAAGCUGGCAGGGAAGCCUCGGGAGAAGAUGGUAGAUCCAAAAGAAAUGCUUGAAUUGAUAGGUCCCUGAGAUACUGUUGAGAACUGGCCAAGAGCUAUCUGUGUUAUGGCCGUGCAGCUCUCAAAGGUGCUUGGACACAAAAGACUGUGAAAACUAUCAUUCAUCAUCCUACGGAUGCGCCGAAAACGGAGAACAUGGUAUGCGGUAGUGAGAGGCAGUACUGGCUCUGGACUUUGAAAGUGAUGUGAAUAUGCUGAAAACGUCUUGCUGCAACUAGCAGUGGGGUUUGGCCCAGACCACUGCCUGUCUUCAUUCUCUUUUCACAAGGGAUCUCUCUGUGUGUGUUUUUCCUGGUCCUUACACCUGGUUUAGAGUCCUGUUCCAAGAAGCCUUGGCUGACUUCUCUCUCUGCUGUAAUCAUUGCAGAAAAAGCGGCCUGUAAAUUGUUAAAGCGAGCAAUUUAAUAUUCAGGGCUUUCUAAGUGCCUUACUUGUUCCUGCAGGGUCACUUCUUUGUUUUGCCCUGUUCACAUCUCCACAUAAUGAGGUUAACACAAACCAUCUUAACAAGACAAAGCCAGGCAUAAUCCCCCCCCCCCGUAAUUAGAAAAUCCUGAUGACUUUUUGCCAUUGCUGCUUCUGACAUAAUGAAAUCCUUCAUAGAGCACUCCAUUUGCACCCUGAUUAAAACAUGCUGGAUGUGAACAUAAAACCAAGUCAAAAAACGUCAGAGAGAGGAACUAAAACUUGGAUGAAUAAUCAUAAGGAGAAGCCAUAUAGGACAGGCAGCUUCAGUCAUCUUUAUCUUUCACCCUGAAUCUCAAAUUAUUCCUUCCCACCCACAGCUCAUCUUUGAUGUCAGAUUGCAGAUUAUAUAACCAUUUUAAAAUAAAGCUCUUUCUCAAACAGAAAGUGAACCUGGGUCAGCAGACUCGAAUCCAGCUUUCUUAUCUAGCAUAUGUGCUUUAGCCUUAACACAAGCUGGCAAACCUACAGCAGGAGCAAGCCGGAGAGCUGGAAGCUACAAGGCUGCUCUUUGCAAACUUGAACGAUCCUUGCCAAUUUCAAGCACAAGCUCACUGUCAAUAAAUCAUGGGAGAUUCUCUUUUCUUGUUGGAAGCUCCAACAGAAGUUGAAUUACUGCUGCCAAUAAAGGAACACACAUGCGUGAUUAA